UUGUGGGGUACUACAAUGCCUGCUGUUGCACUUGCAGAUGCCACAAUUUAUAACCACAUGGUGUGGCUUCCAUUGAGUCCCUACAAUGAGUUGCUUCAUUCAAAAGACUUCCUUUGGCAUGCCAGUUUGUGUGUGUGUAUAUAUAUUCAUCCAAUCCCCGUUUUCAUCGGCUCAGCACAACGAAAGCUCUCCAGUUUCCUAAGAUCUUUUCAUUCACUUCCUCCUCUUGUCCAACUAAAUAUUCUCCCUUGUUUUACAAAAGCAAACAAGAUGAUCAGUGCAAAGAAACUCAUCAAAUUAGCAAGGAAAUGGCAAAAAAUGGCAGCCAUUAAGAGAAAAAGAAUCACCUUCUCAAGAACUAGUGGUGAUGUUGUUGACACAACCAGUUGCAGCACAUCAUCAGCGGUCAAGAAAGGUCACUUUGUGGUAUACAGCGCAGAUGAGAAGCGCUUUGUGCUUCCAUUGGAAUAUUUGAAGAACAAAAUAGUAAUGGAGCUGUUCGACUUGGCAGAAGAGUUUGGUCUAUCAAGCAAUGGGGCUCUCAUCGUGCCUUGUGAUGCAACCUUUAUGGAAUAUGUAAUUGCUUUGAUCAAAAGGAAACCAAGUAAAGAUGUGGAGCAAGCACUGAUUCUUUCUAUAGCCAGUGAUCAUUGCAUAUCUUCGUUUCUUUAUCAACAAGAAACAAGCCAGCAGUUACCAAUAUGCAGCUACUGAAGCAAAACCUUUUUUUUCUUAUCUUGUAAUUCAACACAUUCCAUUGUAGAUAAAGUACAUAAUGCAAAAGAGUCAGAAUUCUUGUUUCA